AUGGAGUCUAGAGUGAUACUUUAUCCACCCGAUGACCUGAGCUGUACUGAGUGUGCAGUGGUUUCUUCAUCUCGAUCUGGGUUCCAACAGCAUUAUGCUACGGUUCACGAAAUCCUUAUUACCUGGCUCUGCUCCAAUUGUCGAGAAAAACAGUUUGAGUUGGUGCGAUCUAUAUCCUCGCAUCUUACUAAGUGCUUACGAAGACGCCCUGCGGCCUCGCAGCCGCCGAGAGCUACAUCCUCUGGGGCGAUAGCGAAGGCACGAUUGCCUGCGACUUGUUCAGAACAAUCAGGACCAGAAGAUGAGGUCGAGCAGAUCGAUACAAUCAGUGCAAGCAUCGACUCUCAUGGCCGGUGGACCGAGUCUGAAUUGCGGGCCCUUGCUAAUCUGGAAGCCACCAUGAUGCACCUCCCCUUUAUCAACCAAGAACUGGCAAAGCGAUUUACGACAAGGUCAUUAAUGGCGAUUCGAAUGCAGAGACAUCAACAGCGUUACAAAGACAUUUUACAAGUGGCUUUACGAGAUAGGCCAGCAGCUAAUUCAUCAGCUGUUGUGGGUGUUGCCUGUCAAGAUUAUUCAUUACAGGCUACCAACGCCCUCCAGAUUGAAGCCCCAGAGCUCCUUAGCCUCCGAGAUCAAGAGUCCGAGACCGUUGCCCUGCCAAGAAACGGAUCUUAUCUGAGUGAAGAGCAGAUAGAGGGGUUCCCCGAUGUGUCCGGGAUCGGGCUUCCCGCCGGUUCGGCCGACGGGGCCUCGGGUGUGCCCGCUGUGGCGGCUGACCCGCUUGAUUUGCCCUGCCCUAUCACCACCCAAGAAGAGGCCGACGGCCUAUCGACUGCUAUCAGUUCACCUUGUUCAACGACCUCUCCUGCAAUCGAUUUAUCCGACGAUAUUUCGCAGUUGGCCGGUCUGAUCGCUAGAGAACAGACUACUCAUUCCAGUUCUGCCCUUUACGGGGUUUUAGGAGAUAUACCCGCUUGGGAACCUCCUGGCUAUGCGAACACGAUUAUGCAGGUUAGAGAACUGAGCACCCCGGAGGACCGCCUGUCGGUCGACAACAAUUAUAGGGGUAUUAGUGGUGUGGACGGGCGAUCGGGCGGAGAGGCGGCGGCUGCGGGUUCGGCCGGGGCCCCGGUGGCCGGGGCGUGUGGGGGCCCGCCCUUGGUAGCGUCUGGGGAACUCGGCUUUAUCGACCCUCUGCUUAUUAACAGGCUAAUCUCGGAUCCUGUUUCUGCUGAAGAUCUCAAAGAAAUCCUCAACAAGUUUGGAGUGACGAUGGAGUCCCCGAGAGGGCGAAGGCCUCCUGCAAGAGUGACACCCAGAAGAGCCGAGCCUGCUAACAGAUCUGAAAGAAAACGCUUAAGGUUCAAUGAGCACCAAAGAUUGUAUCGUCUCGGCCCUAAAGUGCUCUUACAUCAGUUGAUGUCCCAAGUAGAAGAUGGGGCCAGUUCCUUGUCGCUGAGGGAUAUCCAUUCCUUUUUCGACCCUCUAUUGUCUGGUUCAACUGUACGACCCCAGGUGGUUAUGUCAUCUACAAGUAAGACCACGGUGGAAGUUUCGCUCUUCGAGCUGGAAGAUGUGAGAGUGGCCCUUGCUGGCAUGGACAGAAAGGCUGCCGCAGGCACUGACCGAGUUUCUGUGAACGACUUGAUGGCGGUGGACUCUAGGAUACUGUUGCAUAUCAUGAACAACUUUUUCGUAUACAGGGCCAUACCUGAGGACCUAAAGAGCUCAAAGACAGUCUUUAUUCCAAAGAAGACAGCUCCGAAAUCGGCAAGUGAUGUCCGACCGAUCCCCAUGUCAUCGAUGCUAUGCCGUUUGUACUCGAGAUUACUUCUCCGGCGUUUGUCGGCCGAGAAUUCCUUCCACCCCCUUCAGGGAGGGUUUCAAGACGAUCGUGGAACAAGAACCAACUUGUUGACCCUCCAGGCCAUUAUGAAAAUCUUGAAAAAGAAGAAGAGCUUAUAUGCGGUUAGCCUAGACGUUCGGAAGGCGUUCGACUGCGUGUCGCACCAGGCCAUUGCAGCAGCGGCGCCUGGUAGAGGCAUCCCCGAGCAUUACAUAGAAGUGCUCAAAGACCUUUACAGCGGAUGCUCUACCACCUUUUACUGGAAUAGAGGGACUGAUGGGAGGAGGGUACCCGUUCGACAGGGUAUUAAGCAAGGUGACCCCCUCUCACCCUACCUAUUCAAUGCUGUUCUUGAUCCGCUGCUGCAAACUAUUAAUGGUUCUGGCUUGGGACUACAAAUCGAAGGCAGGCACGCAGCCGCAAUGGCCUUUGCAGACGAUGUAAUGCUCUUCUCUUCAAGCCUGGAGGGAUUGAAGGCCCUGAUUGGGCAGACGGAGGAAUAUCUCGGCCAGGCUGGACUUGUACCUAACCCGGAGAAAUCUCAGUACUUCGGUUGGAAAUAUGAUGGCAGAACCAAAUGGUUCAGCUACGACAUCACCCCGAUAGUUAUUGGCGGCAGGUUGGUCCACAAGAAAGGGAAGGAUAACCCGAUAACGUACCUAGGUAUCGAUAUAUAUGUCAACAGACCUUCUAGAGUCCGCGACUGCCUAACAGAGAAAAUGAUCGACUUGAUCUGCUCGGCUGCUAAAGCCUUUUCAAAAAAUUAA